CAGCUAACAGCGCCAUAACUUGCAGCGGUAUUUUUUGAAAUUAAAUCGUGAAUUUUUUUGAGCGCUUUUUUUGACAACUCCGGCAGUUCAUUCCGACUUCCUGACCAAGAAUGUCGUCGUUCCCGGAUAACUUGAAGACUCUCUUUGAGUACAUUGAAGCCCACAAGGGGCAGUACGUGGAAACCCUGCGCGAAGCAGUGGCUAUUAAAUCUGUCUCAGCAUGGCCAGAUCAUCGUGGAGAGAUCACGAAGAUGGUACACUGGACAAAGAAGAAACUAGAAGAUCUUGGAGCAACAGUUGAACUGGCUGAUGUGGGGAAGCAGACUCUCCCAGAUGGUUCCCAGAUUCCACUCCCGGAGGUUAUUCUCGCAUCACUGGGCAAUGAUCCAGCACUGAAGACUGUGUUAAUCUAUGGGCAUUUGGAUGUGCAACCAGCACUGAAGGAAGAUGGUUGGGACACAGAGCCUUUUGUGCUGACUGAGAAGGAUGGGAAGAUGUUUGGUCGUGGUGCAACUGACGACAAAGGUCCCGUUAUUUGUUGGCUGCAUGCCAUUGAGGCUAUGCAGGCGCUCAAACAACCCCUCCCGGUGAACCUCAAGUUUGUCUUUGAGGGCAUGGAGGAGAGUGGUAGCGAAGGUCUCGAUGAUCUCCUCUUUGCACGCUCUGGGACAUUCCUCAAGGAUGUUGACUAUGUCUGCAUCUCUGACAACUACUGGUUGGGCAAGGAGAAGCCCUGCAUCACGUACGGACUUCGGGGGAUUUGCUAUUUCUUCAUUGAGAUCGAGUGCGCCAAGAAGGAUCUGCACAGUGGAGUCUUCGGUGGGAGUGUUCAUGAGGGCAUGGCUGAUUUGGUUUACCUCCUCAAUACCCUUGUGGAUGUUCAGGGACACAUCCAAAUUCCCAAUGUCUACCGCGAAGUAGCUCCACUGUUGCCGAAUGAGAAGGAAAUCUACGAAGGAAUUAGCUUCGAUCUCAAUACCUACCGCGAGGAUCUUGGUGCUAAACAACUACUCCAUCGUGAGGAUAAAGUUAAAACCCUUCAGCAUCGUUGGCGCUUCCCCAGCUUGUCUAUUCACGGCAUUGAGGGAGCUUUCUAUGAGCCAGGGCAGAAGACUGUCAUCCCACGGCGUGUUGUUGGGAAAUUCUCCAUUCGCAUUGUGCCAAAUCAACAACCGGAGCAAAUUGAGGCGUACGUGAAGGAGCACGUUGAGGCCAAAUGGCGUGAACGUGGCUCACCAAAUCACAUGAAGGUCUACAUGGCGCACGGUGGGAAACCCUGGACUGAGGAUCCCAAUCAUCCGCACUACCAAGCAGCCCGUGAAGCUGUUAAGCAUGUCUUUGGCGUUUAUCCAGACAUGACACGCGAAGGAGGUUCAAUCCCGGUUACACUAACUUUGCAACAGGCAACGGGGAAGAAUGUUAUCUUGAUACCCGUAGGGGCUGCAGAUGAUGGUGCUCACAGUCAGAAUGAAAAGUUGGAUCUUCUCAACUACAUUCAAGGGACCAAACUCCUGGGUGCCUAUUUGCACGAAGUUGCUCAGCUAAAGUGAAAAACGGGAAAAUGCGCAUUUUGUUUAUAAAUUAAAUCCCAGUUUGAUUUUUUUGUUGGCGCACGCAUAAAAAUGCAUCACAUUUUAAUAAAUAAAAAAAGAAAAUAUA